UCUGAUGGACACCAACUACCGGGACGACGAGGUGACGCUGGACCAGCUGCUGCUGAUGUACACGUCGGUGGUGCUGCCGAUGGUGGGGGUCGCCUGCUGCAUCUGCCGGUACAUGCUGACCGAGCCGUCCAGCUACGGCGACGACCUGGUGAUCCAGCUGAACGGCUGCCGCCACGCCAUCCAUCUGGACUGCCUGCGCGCCAUGGUCGAGAGUACAAACCAGGUCCAGUACCUGCAGUGUCCCGCCUGCCAGUCCAUAUACGGGCGGAAGGUGGGGCAGCAGCCGCCGGGCAGGAUGUCCACGCGCCGGCUGCCCAUCCCGCUGCCCGGCUACGACUGUGAUACCAUCGAAAUAUCAUACAUGAUCUCACCGGGCAUCCAGGGACCGGAGCACCCGCACCCGGGCCGGCCGUACAAGGUGCGCGGCUUUCCGCGCAUCUGCUACCUGCCCAGCACCACGCAGGGACGCAAGGUGCUCCGGCUGCUGGAGGAGGCGUGGCGGCGGCGGCUCAUCUUCACCGUCGGCCCGUCGGCCACCACCGGCGAGCAGGACGUGGUCACCUGGAACGAGAUCCACCACAAGACAGAGCUGCACGGCAACGACAGCGGCCACGGCUACCCCGACCCCGGCUACCUGGACAGGGUCACCGCCGAGCUGGCGCGCCAUGGCGUCCAGUGAGCGUGGCGCCGGCGAGGCGGCCGUGACGUCACUGGGACGGCGCCGCGCGCGCCGGAGACGACCGGCGAUUUCGUGCUGAGUAGGGGACGUUACGCCAGAGUCGUGCCAUACGUGAGCGAUUAUGAACGGUUCGUGGUUGACAGAAGGCCGUGCUGUUUCGGCGCGGCCGUUUGAGGUACUCAUUCGUGUUUGAAUAAGAAUGCAGGCGUUAUUGAUGUGUGCAUGUUUUUAUAGGCAAUUACUCCGCCGUUACAUACACUGUUAUAUCAAAAUGUCUGGAUAGAAAAAGGUAGGACAUUUUGUGAAAACCUAACUUGGCAACAAAUAUGCAUUGUCAAACCGCCCACAUUUGUUGCGCUUUCGGUGACUUUUACGUUGAUUAUGCUUUCCGUAGCACGCACUCUGCAUGGCCCGACUAGGCCGCCCGGCGUCAUACUGCCGCUGUUUACAAGAACUGUACGGGGUUGGCACGGUCCCGAGACGUGUCAUCCGGGGAUCUGGUACAAAACUGACAACACCUCACAAAGGGAGUGGGUGUCCGUCAAUGAUGCAUGCAAAUGUCUGUUUGUCGCAUUGGAAGUGUUGAAGUUAGCUGCCAUUUGCACGUUUGCCACUCACCUCGGCUCGUUGAAAUGCUGUAAUAUCACGGUCUGUUUACCUGUUGACAGCCAAGAUGGAGUAAGGUUAACAAAGGAGAGGUACAUUGUUGUAGAAGAAGCUUUUCCUGGGGCCAAAUACAUUGUAUGAAAUGUU